AGCACGAGCUGAAUUACGGGAGAAUGAGCGAUCCAACGUCAAGAGCUUGUAGGGAGCGUCAUAUCGCUCAGAAGAGGCGGAAGAUAACUGUGCCCAGGAAGAAAACUCUGAAGGAGUUUUUCGAGACCCAGUACUAUUUUACCAAAGGCCAUGAAUACAUGGGAGAGGCCAGAAAUGUUCUCGAGGAGCAAUCUCCUUUCGUUUAUCCUCCUUGCUCUCUCAUGUUCGCUUACUUUCAAUACUGGAAAGCGAAACAACGUACCACGGAUAAAGAAAAAAGGAUGCUUUCCGACACCAAAGCUUUACACCAGCUUUUACGAUCCCUUCGAGUGGACGUGGACAUCGAAGCGUUGGAGGCAAAGAAGCACAAAGAUUUGGACGAAGCUAUAGCCAUCACCGACGUGGAUCCGCGUUACUUUUCGGAAUUGGAUGCCAGGCUAGUGAGAGAAAAAUUCUCCGUGCGCAAGUACGUGGAGGAUUGCCGUGAAAUUUUAAAGUAUCGGCUGUUGGCUGGCCAGCAGAUGGACGAUUGCAUUCGUAUAGAUCAACAAUUCGUCGAGGAGCAAAAAAGACUCGAUAAGAUCAAGCGACGAUAUCGUCGAUACAUAAGCGGUUUCGAGGAAUUUCUCUCGAAGGAUCACGAGGAGAGUAUGGAACUUCUAUUACUCGCUGAGAACGAGUCGAAGAAAACUAGAGAGAUGACGGAUCACAGGAACAAGCUCUCCGUCGAGUAUGGCCGGGUCAGAUUGGAAGUAUACCACUGGGAGGAGAGUUGGAGAAUGAUGAAGAUGUGCCAACGAUUCCUCUAUCAGAUAGCUCCGAUUUCUUGGCGGACGGAGCACGAUUGGAUCCAUCGCAGUCAUUCAGGGGAGAGCAUCACUUACGACCAUACGGAGGAUUUGUUCGGCCGUUACAGAAUGCUGGGCGAAGUUGCCUCCCUCGACGCUCUUAUAGAUUUUUUCGAGCAAGAUAUCAGCGAUGCAGGUCCUGCAGAUUUGUAUUUUAAGGAACCGUACGAACUGAUCAACGUGUUCAGAUCGAUCGAGAUGCAAAAUUUGAACGCGUUGAUCCACUUGGAGAGUCUGGCGGAGCCGAUGGCUCAAAUGAUGACCACGAUACAAAAUGCUGAACAACAGAUCAAGUUAGAAAUCGGGGAAAUAACGAAUACGAUCAACGAGUUGCGCGAAAGCAUACACGUGUUGGAGAACAGAGCCGUAGAUUUGGAGAAGCACGCGAACGAGCUUUUGGAAACCGUGUUCCGGGAUUCCGUUUGCUCGGAGGAAGUGCUCCGUCUUCAGGUGUUCGUCGAGGAUGCGUACGAGAGUUGUGUCGGGCCAAACGAAGCGAAUCUGGACAGCUUCUCGAUGAUGAAGUGGAUCGAGAAGAUACACGACGACUUGAAUUUGAAGCUGGACACUCUACCGCCUGAGGUGGUCAAGGCUUGCGAGAAAGAGGGCUUCAAGCAGGAGUUGAAGGUCAUGAAACAGACGGAGGAAGCUGCCAAGAAGUUCGAGCUUAUGCAUCGGUUGCUGGCCUCCCUGAAACGCAUAAUGGAGCCGCCUCCGACAAAGAAGAGGCCCAUGAUGUGGCGAUCGAUCCCAAAAACGUACAGAUUGAAAGGAGUGGCGAUGGCGCUGGAGCCAACCGAGGAGGAGAUGCAAUAUUUGACUUUCUUCACCGACUAUUGCAAAACGGAGGACUUCACCACGUAUCGGCCUCAAUUCCCGGACGAUUUUGAUCUGACGUUCAAGAAGCAAGAAAUCGUAGUGACCGAAACCGAAGAGGACGAGGAUGUUUUGAUAAAAAAAUUUGAAUGAUCGAAUUUCUUUUUUUUUUUUUUCAUCAUUUAAUCAAAAUAAAAUCGAUCGA